CCUCCUAUAAAAAGCGCUCCAUCCAUUUUCACGGAUUUCCUGCACAGACAGACUUCACUCUCAAAAGUGGAAACAGAGAAUAACUCUGAGCAGAAAAUUUAUCUUCUUUAAAAAAAAAAAAAGACAUCCUAAAGCAGAAGAUAAGCCCUUCAUUUCCUCGCCGGCGACGGUAAUUGGCCAGCGGAACGAUAAUUCAGGCGAAACUCUGCUCCCUCUGCACACGCAAUGUCCGCAUCUCUGAUCAUCGCCGUCACGCCUCCCUCGAUAACCCCUAAGCUAAAGCAAUCUCCUCUCUCCCUCCCUCACUCUUCCCCUCUCUCUCUCUCUCCCCGUAGAUUGCCUAUAAAGUUAAUUCAAUCUUAAUUCCCUGAGCAAGUAGAGCAAUUUGAUGCGAGAAUUGCAAUCGACGCAACUACAUUUGCUUGAUUUAUGAAGAUUUUUGCUUUGAUCGGCCGUUGGGAAGAGGAAAUGGUCGUGAAUCUGUUGGCGAGGAGAGACUGACAUGACGUCCACUGUAAUUUUCAUGCAAUUCCGGCUUUGAGUGCUCCAUCUCUGCGUGGUCAUGGCGUUAAGGAGGGAUUGUGUUUUUGCUCGUGCAUGCGAGCGGUAGAGCCUGUGGGUUUUGAGGUACAAUCCAAUCGGCAGUGGUAAUGGAUUCGAACUGACGGCUAAGUUCUUCGUUAGAAAGUGUGAAGGAUCGAGAGAAGAGAGGCGUUUGAUCUCCUCUGUCAUGCCUCCGAUGAAGAUCCAGCCGAUCGGCUUCGAUCCUCGGUCACGGCAAGAGCCAUUCCGAGCUAACUCGGCGAAACCUGCUCCGAAGUCGCGGCUCAAGAGGCUCUUCGACCGGCCGUUCCCGAGCGUCCUCAGGAUAUCAUCCGCCGCAGAGAAGCCUGUGGUCGACACGCAGAUCAGCACAGACGGUGAAAUAUUCGAGCCGAGCUCGGUCUGCUUGGCUAAGAUGGUCCAGAACUUCAUCGAGGACAGCAACGAGAAGCAGUCAGCGGCCAAGUGCGUCCGCAACCGCUGCAAUUGCUUCAACGGGAACGGGAACGACAGCUCGGACGACGAGUUCGACGGCUUCGGCGAACCGGCUGGCCUCGGGUCUUCCGGAGAUGCCUGCGAUGCUCUCAAGGGAUUGGUUCCAUGUGCAACUGUCGCGGAGAGGAACCUGCUAGCAGACACUGCAACCAUCGUCGAGAAAAACAAAAGCCUGAAGAGGAAGGACGAUCUGAGGAAGAUCGUCACUGAGAGUCUCUCAUCCCUCGGCUAUGAUUCCUCCAUCUGCAAAUCCAAAUGGGACAAAUCUUCCUCUUUCCCUGCCGGCGAGUACGAGUACAUAGACGUGAUCGUGCAGGGCGAGCGGUUGCUGAUCGACGUCGACUUCCGGUCGGAGUUCGAGAUUGCGAGGUCGACGGGGGCAUACAGAGCGAUCCUCCAGUCGCUGCCGUACAUAUUCGUUGGCAAAGCCGAUCGCCUCUCUCAGAUAGUGAGGAUCGUGUCGGAGGCGGCGAAGCAGAACUUGAAGAAGAAGGGGAUGCACAUCCCCCCGUGGAGGAAGGCCGAGUACAUGCAGGCCAAAUGGCUCUCUUCCUACACCAGAGCCGCCGCCGCCACGGCUUUUGUGGGCGUUUCGGAGCCCCGGUCCGCCGAGACCCGGCCUGGGGAGGACUCGUCGGAGGGUGAUGGAGGGGAUUUCGAGCUGAUUUUCGGGAAGGAGACGCCCACGGUUUCGCCGUCUGAGCCCGGCGACGGCAAGAGGAAUUCGCCGGAGUGGGUCGACGUGGCAAUUGUGGUGCAGACGUGGCAGCCGCCGGCGGUGAAGCCGAAGGGUGUCGAGAAGGGGGCCAGGGUAGUCCCCGGGUUAGCGUCGCUUCUUCGGGAGAGGCCCUGACAACAAAUUUUGCAAUAUUUGUUUAAAAACUUUCUUUUUUUCCUCCUUUUACCGCGAAGAUAAUAUAUCAUAAUAAUAUAUAUAAAAAAUUCAAAAUAGUGAUGUCGAUAACUAUAUGCACAUAUAAUAUGAGAAAAUGUCGGGAAAUUGUAAAUUUUCUUUUUAUAAUCCCUUUUGGCAGUAAAUUUUUCAUUUCACUCUUA